UUCAGUCUUAAUUGUGUGACUCCAACGCGCUUAUCAGCCGGUAUUCCUUAUCAAUUCGCUCAUCGCAUUUCUACAACUCAGCCUUUCAUUCACUAGUGAACACCUUCGAAUUCGCCGAAGACCUUCAAGUUCGCCAAAGACCUUCGAAUCCAAUCCGAAGACGAUGUCUGCUGAAAAAAUUGAAAAGAACGUUGUAGACGACUUCCAGGGAAUGGGAAAGAGGAGCAUGGAAAUUAUGGAGAAAAUCGAGGAGGAGACCCACAACGAGGUGGCAGAUGCUGACAAUAGCAGCCAGUUGGCGACUAUUGAGGUACAACAAGAUCAAGUCAUCUCACCCAAGGUAAUUAUCAAAGAGCAUGAAGAUCCGAUAACUCAAUCAGAACAAAAUGAAAUUGAAUCUGCCGCUGAAAGUCAGAGUACUAUUAGUACUAUUUACAAUAGUGCUACCCAAUUGCAGUCCGCUUUCAAAAUGCAGCACAACAUCUUGAUGUUUGAUUCGGGUAAUGAUACUGAAUCCUCACUGAAAAAAGAAGAAUCGGUAUGGGAGGAUAUUCCGCUAGACGAUGAUGACAGAAUUGAAGCGGAAAGAUCUUCCCUAGUUGAAGCUGCUCCAGUCAUCUCUAAACCAUCCCAUAACUUUGUGCUCCGAAUCAUCCUUCCUUACUACUUUCGCAUUAUUCAUGCUUUGAACACGUUCAUGUCAGUUGGAGAGAACGGUACACCUCAGAACGAGUUGACGGGCUAUGACAGCACUGGGCCUUCCACCUCUAACAUGAAUAGAUUCUGCUCAGUGACCGUGGGAGACGGUCAGCUGGGAGACCUCGGGAGACAGGGAGACGAUCGCCAGCAAUCCACCAUUGUUUCUAUCAGCGACGAUGCUCUCCAGGGACCAACUCUCCUCCAGGGACCCAUCUUUUCUUGGAUACCAGAAGUAUGCCACUCAUUGUGUCUGUAUGCUUUCACGAAGCCAGACGGCGGAAACAUCGAAUCAAGAUGUGUUGACAUGGCCAUCAAUGUCCUCGCCUUGAUUCUGGCUGGAAAAAUCGUCGUUAUAAUCAUGUGUAUCAUGAUUCUAUUCCACCAAGCAAUGAAGGAGGCUGGCCAUUAAGAUGGAGUUAUCUGUGCAGUCUACUUCAAAGUUCAGACGUAUGCAGCCAGCAAGAGAUUAAGAAUUUCGUGUUAUACUCCUAAUGCAGCUAGUGAGACAAUAUAUAUUGAUAAUUAGAUUAAUAUUAUAAUCCAAUCAAUUAGUAGUUACAUUAUAUUACUUGAUACUUGGUAAUCCCCUAUUACUGAGCUUUGGAGUUCUCUGAGAAUAUCAAUAUUCAAGAGAAAAUAUAUCUCAUAGUCUUACUCAAAAGAAAUUAUAUUUAAAAUAAUUUUUCCAUUAUGAGGAUGGAAUCAAAGAAUUAUGAAAUAUGCUAUCUAUUAUUAUCAAUAAAUCUACGGUAAGAGUAUUUUUGUUUAACUUCAAUUCUAGAUAAGCAAUAGCAAUCCAGUAUCUUCCAAUUCUUAUUGAUUUAUUGUUCCAUAAUCUAUUUGCUGACUUCUAAGUUGCUUAACUUUUUAUCAGUAUGCAGUGCUGAGUAAUUCUGUAAAUUCUAUUUCGAAUUGGUUCUCAAUACUCACUGGAAAUAAUGAUGGAAUAUAUUAUCAAACUGAAGUUGAAUUGAACAUUUUUGAAAUUAUUAUAUCCCAAAUAGAAACUGUUUUUCAUGUCAAUCUACCUUGUAAGAUAUAUUAAAAAUUAUUUUUGAAAUUGUAUCUGAUAUUCUUCUCCAAUAAUGUUAUUAUGUUAUUUUAGUUUGGUAAGAGUCCUUAUUUCCACACAAAUAUGGGAAAAUACUCUUGGUCUAUUGUCACUUAUAUCACUGUUCUUAGUCUCAUGACUCAUUGAAUCAUACAAGAAUAGAGUACGAUUCAGCUAGACUACGAUUGAUUUCAAGAGUGAGACACUAGUGAAUCAAUAGGUGAAACUCAUGAGGCGUAAUUAACAAAAACAGAUGAUAACUAAUCUAUAGGAUCAGAGAGUAUAGACAUUCUCUGAUAAAGCUUAAGUUAAGAAAAUUGAAAAUAUCAACUUUGUUCAAAUAUCAGACAAUGAAUUUAUAUGAGUAUAAAACUGUCAUACUUGCAAGAUAUGGAGCAGAUAUUAUCUUAUAAUUUUCGAAACAAAGCAGACAAUAAACAAUCGAGAGCUUAAAAUCUAUUUUGAACAAGUUUCUAAAAAGUAUUAGUCAUUCUCUUGUGAAUACUUCUUAUAAUGAAUACCAUAAAUAAUUUCAAUUUAGGCUAUUUUAUCAGAUUGAGAUAAUUUGUUUAAGGUGAAUUCGUAUAUCAACUUUGCAUUAGGAAUAAUCAACGCUCAAUUACUUAGUAUUAGUUAGUAUUUAAUGAUUUUUCCAGUUCCUCACUUAGGAGAGAAUCAUUUCUGUGGUUCCAAUUUGAUAAAUUACAGUAUCUAAGUUUUAUUGGAAAUUGAAAAUUUGGAAUUUAGUUUUUCCUUUAUCUUAUUACAAUACAUCUAAUGUAAAUAUCAAAGAAUUAUUCCAAAAUUAUUUUUUUGGAACAUUUUCUUCAAUAACACUAUUGCUUCUUGUGACGACAAUCAUAGUGGACUUUCAUACAAUUCUAUGUUAAUGUAAUAUAAAUUCACCAAACGUAGCUAUUAUUUUCAACCCCACAAUGGAUCAUGAUUAUUUUAUGUAUAAACUGUUUUUUUGCAGUGCUGUAUAUGAAGAAUUAAAAAUAAUUUGAAAAAUUAUUAUAAACCACUAGACACUAGACUUACGUUGUUUCUAAUAGUGCCAGACAUGACAAUAUUAUAUUUUCUAAAAAUCUACCUUUUGGUUACAAAUUAAAGCACAGUACUUGAUAAUAUUUGAUUCAUAAUGUAACUUUGAGAACCUAAUUAUCUGAGAUACUAAGCAUUUAACAGAUUAAGUCACUCCAUGGUUGUAAUCAGUGAAAUACGAUUGAAGAGUUAUCAUUGUAGUUUUCAAAGAAGUAAAAUAUUAUUAAAGAAUAUAAUUA